AUUUAAACAAAAAAUAUUGAUGAAUUCAAUUUAUCUUUUUCGUGCAAAGUAAAAAAGAUGAAGUAUAAUCAAUCAAAUGGAGUGAUAAAUUCACCUGCUAUACCAUCAAUAUCUAUAAUGUUUUUUGCAUAUAAUUUGGUACAAACUAGACCCGUUAUGACAGAUGAUAUGGCAGUCGAAUAUUUAGAGAAAUUGCAACAUAUUCAGGUUUCUUGUGAUCAUGAAUUUUAUGUAGAAUUAUGGAUGUCAGCAUUAACAGGAUUAGCUGAAGAAUGUGAUAAAACAUCAACAGGAAGGGUACAACACACAUUAUUAUGGAAAAGUUUUGUAUUAGUUAAAUUACCUUCAUUAAUUGAAAAGUUAGAAUUAAAAAAAUCUAAUAAAUUUAAAAAUGGUAAUUUAUUAUAUUCUGAAGAAAAUAAGUAUGAUUGUCAUGAAUGUGUUAUAAAUCAAUUAUUUGGGUUUAAAGGUUUAAUUAAUGCAUGUAAUCAACUUGUGGAAGAUGACAUAUUCCAAGCUGCAGAUAUAACAGUUGAUAUAUUGAGAGUAUGUUUAAAUAGAAAGUUAGUAAGAAAAGAAUUUGUUAAUAGGUUUUUAGAACUUGAAUAUGAAAUAGAUGGGGGAGAUACAGUUGGAUUAACAGCAGGAAAUAUAUUAGAUGAUCCAAGUAGACAAAUUAUUGAUCAUUUAGUAUCAACCGCCACAACAAGUUUUUUACAUCAAGAAUCUCGAGUUGAGACGAUAUUUAAGUUAAUGAGUGAAUGGAGUACAAAACUAGAAGUGGCUCCAUUAGCUACACUUUGUCGAUCUCUUAUGGAUGUUCCUACAUUGCUUGAUAUUAUUCAUUUAUAUCGGCAUCCUUCAGAAUUUAUUUCAUCUUUAGAAAGAUUAUGUAAUACAUGGGUAAGCAAGGCAGAUUCAAAGGAGUCCCUCCUUCAUGAUUAUGAAAAUUUCGGGACAAUAUUCUUAUUUCUAAUUAGUGUGAUUGAUAGAUAUGAGUUUCAUAAAAAUAUUAAAGAUGUUCUUCAUGAUGAUGAAGGAUUUUGUUAUAAAUGGCUUAUACAAUCAGGAAGUACAUAUGAUAUAGAUUCACUUGAUCAGGAAAAAAGCAUAAUAACAAGAUUGGUUUCGACAUUAUCUGAUGCAAGUCAAGAAAUCCCCGAAGAUUUGAUUCGGAUUAGUCCAAGAAGUUUGAUAGAAUUAUCACCAACAAUAUUUAAAGAAGCAUUAAAAAAAGUAGUAACGGAAGACAUAGAAAUUGCAAUGAUAAAUCUUGAACCAUUAUUCACACAUUUUGUUAAACCACACAUGUCAUAUGCCUUAAUUGGUGUAUGUCAAUCGCUAUGUGAUGAUAUUUUGUUUAAAGGAAAAUCUUCAAUUUCAUUUAAAGUAUUAAACAGAUUAAUACUAGAAGAAGCAUUUCCAAAUUCAAUUAUAAAAUUGAUUGGAAAUAAAUUAUUAUCAAUAUUUGAUAUUAUAUCAGAAAAUGGCAGCUUACCAAGUAUAGAAGAUACGGAAAAUAUUAUACGUAAUAAGAUAGCAAAAAUAAUGAUGGUUCCAAAUUGGAGAAAUACAAAACAUCCAGCAGAAAAGUUAUAUUAUAGAUUUAAAAUGAUGUUUAAAUCGAUAAUAUACGGAGGAAGACAUAAACCUUCUUUAAUUUAUGAAAUAUUUUUAUCAGAAAAUUAUUUUAAUAAUGAUAUUAAUACAGAGUAUGAAUAUAUCACAGGAAAUGGUGGAGCGGCUAAUAAUUUGUUUGAUGAAUUUAUUAUAAAUCCAUCUUCUUGGUUGGGACCACAUCAUUUAGAUAUUGAGUUAUUUAGGAAUUGUUUAGAAAUUAACGGCCCUAGGACCUUUGUUGAUCUUAUUGUUGAGGAGGUGUUGUCUGCCGGUAAGAAAGGAAUGGGAAUACGUGCGGGUAAUUACAAAAUCUUGCUUUCAUAUUAUUGCUAAUUUUUCUUCUGAUCGCAUUAACUUAAAACGAUAACCUUUCCAUUUUUUUUAGCCGAGUUAGGGGCAUCUUUGUUAACAUUACCAAUAUAUUAUACUUGGAAUGAAUAUUUACAUCCUAAAACACUUAUAAAAAUA